AUGGCUUCAAUAUCCGAUUUACCGCUUGAGCUUCUACUCUUCAUAGCUCGAUUCUCAGAUUACGAAUACGAUAUCUGCGCGCUAUCACAAACCAAUCGCCGACUCCAUUUCCUUCUUAGUCCCGAAGUUUACCGCCGCCUACGCGAAACUCCAAACCCAGCCCUUGAAUGGGCCGCAGAGAAUGGGAAGAAAGACUGCGUUCGCAGGCUACUAGAUGCCGGAGUCCCACCUGAUAUGAACCACAUCAGGAAUGCGAAACCCAUAAUACUUGCGUCCGUUCAUGGAUAUACCGAUGUGGUAAAGUGCUUCAUACAGAAUGGUGUCGAUCCAAACUCAAUGACGCUUCUCGGUCCAAAAUAUCUUGAACCUCCACCCGAUAAGCAGAAAUAUUCUACUCUCAUAAACCCUUUGGGUGCUGCCUGCGGAGGUGAUCAUGAACAAGUCGUUCAAUUGUUAAUAGAUCACGGGGUAGAAGCGCAGCCUUCUUCAGACCCGUUUGAAACGAAGCAACACUUGUGUUUGGCAACAAGCAAUGAAAAUCUACCCAUCGUGAGAAUACUUCUUGAUCACGGCGCUGAUCCGACUAUCAAGGACCUGAGAGGCUUCAAUGCACUGGAAUAUGCUGCGUGCCUGGAUCUGGAGUUCACAUUGCUGCUUCUUGAACGAAUUCCAAUCGAUCAUUUACUCCGAGACUACAGACUACCAAGAGGGCCUGUUCAAUAUGCUUGGAGGACUGGUAAUAUUCCAGUUCUGAAAUUCUGGCUGGAUUUAACCUUAAAACAUCUGAACAAGCUCGGUCGAGAGUUUUUCUACCAUUUCGUGAAGGAGCCGGACUUGUACCAGGAUCAGCCUGCAACAAAGCUUUUCCUCUCAUCCAUCGAUAUGGACAGUAUACUGCAGGAAGUUCCUAAUAGCCAAGCCAAUAUUCCCGAUGUCAAUUUUGAACUUGGGAGUAUUUCUAAAGUUCUACCUGACUUUGCAAGAAAAGUGCUUGAGAAAAAUACUCUCGACCAGGCAAUGAAUGAUGAAAUAUUUCGGGAUGCUGCUAUGCAUGGGCGCAUACAUGUCAUGAAUGUUCCGACUGCGCAUCGGGUGAAUGGUGAGAAAUACCAUCGAGAGCCAAUAGGGUUGUAUCGCCUAGAUUAUUUGUGGCCAAGCGAGCCGGGAGCCAUAGCGUCAGUGAAAUGGCUUGUUGAAAACGAUACUGGGCCUUACGAGAUCCAUAGCGAAAAUGCUCUGAGAGUUCUGCUUUGUGUAGGGGAUACGGCGAUGCUGCGCAAAUUCCUUGACACAUGGGAUAUCUCAGAAGAAACGAAGCUGAGGAAGAUCUCAGAUUCAAUUUAUCUGGCUAUACAAAGAGAGGCCAAUACUAUGUUCUAUUUCUGUUUGGAACUUGGCGUCAAGCUGAAUCCUCGGGAUUCUUCGCAUUACGAAGCAUUCAAAGAAUCGGUUAGGAUUGGCGCAAUAACUAUUAUAAAGCAUUUCUGGAUGCAGGAUUCGAUGUUAACAGGGAACAUCAUUCUUCCCAUGACCUUGAAUAUCCAAUGUGGCAUAGUAAGCCUCGCCACGAUUACAGCACUUUGUAUCAUGCGUUCUCUGAAGAUGACAUCGAGAUAUCCAUCAAGACGGCGACCUUUCUACUGGAGCACGGGGCAGACUUGGAGCAAAACCCGGCGCCCUGGAGUUUUAAUAAGUUCGAGAACACUCAUGCGUUGGCCGAGGAGAAACAGAGAACAUGUCUUCUUCAUCUUAUCCAAAAGAGCGAAGAAGAGGCGAGGAACGCAAUGA